AGCGCCCACAAUGCACCGCACCUAGGUUUUAUACGCGGGUGGAAUUUUCCAGGAGGCGUAGCUGCUCCGCGAGAGGCACGUAGCGCACAUAAAACACCUGGUUCCGAGCGCUCCUGAGCACAGUUUACUGACGCGCAACUUUCGUCCAAAAAAAUUAGAAAAAUCACCCGCGAAAUCAAGAAAAGAGUCUAUAGUUUUCGCUCUUUAGUCAUGGCCAACUUCAUCCACGUACCGGACGGAGCUCCGGCCGUCCCCAAGUUAGAUGUCACAGUAGACGCGCAGGAUUUCAGGCCCGGAGCGCUGAAACUGAUGAAGGAGCUGAGACCCAACUGGAAGCCGUCGGAGGUCAAAAUGAAGUUCUUCACUGAUGGCAUCACGAACAAGCUGAUCGGUUGCUAUGUGGGAGGAGCCAUGCAGGAUGUGGUCCUGGUGCGCAUUUAUGGAAACAAGACAGAGCUUUUCGUGGACCGGGACAACGAAGUGAAGAGCUUCCGUGUAUUGCAGGCUCACCGCUGUGCUCCGCAACUCUACUGUACCUUCAACAAUGGCUUGUGUUACGAGUUCCUGCAGGGCACCGCUCUUGACCCACAGCACAUCCGCUGCCCCUCCAUAUUCAGGCCAAUAGCAAGGCAGCUGGCAAAGUACCAUGCCAUUCAUGCCCACAAUGGCUGGGUGCCCAAAUCUGACCUAUGGAUGAAGAUGGGCAAGUACUUCUCGUUAGUGCCAACCCACUUUGAGGACCCUGCCAAAAACAUGAGGUUCACACAGGAGGUACCAAGUGCCAUGCAACUGCGUGAAGAGAUGCUGUGGCUGCAGCAGAGCCUGUCUGUGCUGGGCUCACCUGUAGUGCUAUGCCACAACGACCUGCUGUGUAAAAACAUCAUCUACAACGAGGCAGCAGGUAAUGUAAAGUUUAUCGACUAUGAGUAUGCUGGCUACAAUUACCAAGCCUAUGAUAUUGGCAACCAUUUCAACGAGUUUGCAGGUUUGAAUGAAGUGGACUACAGCCUUUAUCCUGAACGUGAUCUGCAGCUGCAGUGGCUGAGAGCAUAUCUGGAAGCCUACAAAGAGUAUAAGGGCCUAGGGGCUGAGGUUUCCCAGGCAGAAGUGGAGGUCCUGUAUGUGCAGGUCAACAACUUUGCUUUGGCCUCUCAUUUCUUCUGGGGUCUGUGGGCUCUCAUUCAAGCCCAGUACUCCACCAUUGACUUUGAUUUCCUGGGGUAUGCCAUUCUGCGCUUCAGCCAGUAUUUCAAGAUGAAGCCGGAGGUCACGGCGCUGAGCUUUCCCUAAUGCACUGAUGGCUUUUACGCUUACAGACCUGGUGGAAUCCCGAACAGUAUGCGGACAAGCACAUCCCCAGCUGUGAUAUGACUGCUAUUGCUAGCCAGCCAGCAGCUGCCCCUUCCCCUCCCUAGCCCUGACUUUGCAUGAUUAAUCUUGUACAAAUGCACUAACUUUUCAUCCCACCAUAAGCUCUGAAUUACCCUGCCUUCCUUGCUAGCAGAGUUCUGCUUCAACCUCACCACUAUUAGUUGGCUGAUACUGUUGUAGCGCUCCGGUCUAGAGGGUCAUUUUGGGGGUACAGUGGAAGUGUAGGUUUUGCACUGUGGUCAGGGGUUACUUUAUUAGUUUGAGCUCGUUCGCAAAUGUUUACAUAUUUUUGGCACUAGUCCCUUAAAGUUCCAUCCCUGUGCCUACAGGUGUGUUUCAGAGGAAUGCCUCCCUCUUCCUGUAGAAAGUCAUGUGUACAUCAGUCUCACGUUUCAAAUUUAGUUGGCGUAGCUGUGAUAAGGUCUAAAAUUCAGGGACCAAUUGACUGUUGGUACGUGUUGGAUUUCUGGGAGACGCUUUCUGGCCAGGAUGCUGUGCUCCACGUGAUCUUGGCUCCAACCACACUCUGCUUCAGAGUUUGUCUUGCUGCUCCAUCUCCAACACGGUGCUAAGCUGAAGGGAUUCUUCACAGGAAGAAUAGGACUGAUAGACAAACCUACACCAAAGUACUUAAAUUUUUUUUUUUUUUUUUUUUUUUUUUU